AAGCCCAUGCAGCCCAUUCACAGAAGUGCUAUGUGUGGAGAGACAGGCAAACAGUGACACUGGGAAAUGGAAAUGCGUUUUGUAAGAUUGGAUGAGGGUAACUCAAGGGCAGAAAAGACAGAAACUGAUGCUCAUAUGAACAGACCUGGACCUCAGUUCUCAGUGUCUGAGUACAGAGGCAGACGAUUCUACAAAGUGGCUACAUUGUGUCUAGGAAUGCUGUGUUUUCUCCUGCUGAUAAUAAUCAUAACACUGUGUGUCUACUAUAACGGAAUCAAUGCGGAGAUAAAGAGAAAUGAAAACCGAUGGAUGCAGGCCUGUUCACAUAUUAUGUCCAAUUAUACUGAGAUAGAUCAGCUAAAAAUGAGAUCUAUAAUCUGUGCAGCAGAGAAACUCCAGUUACAAACCAGUUACAAUGCCUGUGUGACACAAAAAGACCAGCUGCAAACAAGUUGCAACUCCUGCACUGCAAAGACAGAGCAGCUGCAAGCCAACUACAUCACCUGCACUGCACAGAAAAACCAGCUGCAAACAAGCUACAGUGCCUGCACUACACAGAAAGACCAUCUGCAAACAAAUUCCAGUAUCUGCACUGCACAGAAAGACCACCUGCAAACAAAUUACAACACUUGCAAUACACAGAAAGACCAACUGCAAACAAGUUACAACACUUGCAAUGCAAAGAAAGACCAGCUGCAAACAAGUUACAGCACCUGCGCUGCACUAAAUGACUAUAUGCAAUCAAGCUACAACAACUGCACUGCACAGAAAGACCAGUUCCAAACAUAUUCCAGCACCUGCAAUGUACAGAAAGACCAGUUGCAAACAAGAUACAGCAUGUGCACUGCACAAAAAGACCAGCUACAAACAGAUUCAAGCACCUGCACUGUACAGAAAAACGAGCUGCAAACAAGCUACAGCACCUGCACUACACAGAAAGACCAGCUGCAAACAAGUUAUAGCACCUGCACUGCAGAGAAAGACCACCUGCAAGUAAAUUAUAGCACCAGCACUGCACAGAAAGACCAGCUGCAAGCAAAUUAUAGCACUUGCACUGUGCAGAAAGACCAGCUUAAAACAAAUUACAGCACCUGCAUCGCAAAUAAUGAACUUUUAGAGAAUGAGAAAACACAACAAUGUUCUGAAAAACUAUGUCCUGAGGGAUGGACAAGGUUUGGGACACGGUUGUACUACUUCUCCACUGAGAAAAAGACUUGGCAUGAGGGCCAGCAGGAUUGUAAAAAUAGAGGAGCGGAUCUGAUUAUCAUCAACAGUCAACAGGAACAGGGUGUUAUACUUCAUAUGGAUGUCUGGAUCGGUCUGACAGAUAGUGACCAUGAAGGAACCUGGAAAUGGGUGGAUGGGACACCACUGACCACAAGUUUCUGGAGGGAUGGGGAACCUAAUAACGCUGGUGAGGAGGACUGUGCACAUAACGUUGCAGGAAAAAACCCCAUAAAGAGCUGGAAUGACGCACUCUGCUCUUAUAAGUCAUUCUGGGUGUGUGAGAAGGAAGCGUAGUGCACAAACACACACACAUACACACACACACAGAGACACACACAUACACACAGACAGACACGCACAUACACUUACACAGAUGCACACUCACUCAUAAACACAAACUCACAAACACAGAAACACACAUACAGUGGGUGCACUUAAAAAGCAUGUUUUUACAGUGUAAGGUAAGAUGAAUACCUCAGGGCACACACACCAUUCACACCUACGGACAAUCUGGUAACUCCAAUUCACCUUAGUAUGUUUUUGGACGGAGAGAACAAGCAAACUCCACGCAGACAGACCCAAGGUGAAGACUCAAGCCCUGGUCCCAGAGGUGUGAGGCAGCAGUGCUAACCACUGCAACGCCACCUUGUCCAUCGUCAUUAUUCCUUAUUGUAAUGUCUGUGUCAUUUUUUAUUACAUUUUUUUUGGAGCGGCUGUCACGCCCAGCUCGUCCGAUCAUUGUGUGCCACGCCCCCCGAUCAUCCACAUGUGCUUCAUGCCCAGCUGUUUCCUGUUAUUUUCGGCUUGUCUUUUGUAUUUAGUCCACGUCUGAGUCCGUCUUCCUCAGACUUGUUAUUAAUGUUAGUUACUCUUAGUUUGUUGCUGUCCGCCCUGUCUCUCCUGUUCCCUUAUUAAACUUCGUUUUCCCUGCCUGCCUGCCUCGUCUUUCCCCGCUUCCUGCUCGCCCGUCCAACCCCAUACCUGACAGAGGCGUUUUUUUGCAUCGCAGAACAAAUUCUGCUGAAGGAACUGUAUGAAGAAUACAAAGAUAUACAGUAAUCGCUAAAAAACUGUGGCCAUAAAUACAGCCAGGGAGUUGGCUUGGCAAAGAAUUGCAGACACCCUAAAUGCAUAAGUUAUGUAAAUGUUACAAGUGUCUAAUAUAGUGGCACAGUGGUACAGUGGUUUAUGCUGCAUUCAUGUGUCAUUCUUACUGUAUGUUUUUAUUCCGUAUUAUUUGAUCUUUGUAAAAUACUUUAAAUCGCAUCUGUGUGAAAUGUUCUGCACAAAUAACUGUAUCUUGUCUUUCCUUUUUACUAAUGAACUUUCAAAGUAGAUUGACUAAACAAAUUAUAAAAAUAUCUUCCUGUUCAUAUUUUAACAAUUUUUUUUAAAUUUCAUUCAUUGCAUUUCAUGUUUGAAUCUGUUAUAUAGUUGUUGGGUUAACAACGCAAACGGACAAGCCGCUUCAGCCUGAAACCGUGGAUUUUACUUUUCAUUUCAAAUAAAACGCUGGGUGGCCAACUUUG